CGCCCUGACUGCUGCUGCGCAUGCGCUCGCUCUGGAGGCAGGGCAGGGGGGCGCAGAUAUGCCGUUACUCCCGAACGUGCCCCGCUGCCUGGCAGCGGUCGCCCCGCAGCCCCACCCCCAGCGCGGAAGGGGGAGGGGUGGCAGGAUAGUCCGCUUGGCCCAGCCCUCUCUCAGCCCCGCCCUUGCCCGGUGGUCUCCUCCGUCCUUCUCAACCCAGUCUGGUGUGUAGGGGGUCAGUAAUGCUCCCAGCCUAGGGGAGGGGUGUUGGUGCAGGGCCUGGGGAAAGGCGCAGCCAUGUGGUGAGGUAGCAGUGGGCUGUGCUGAUGCCUUGGGUCUGCUUUGCAUAGAGUAGUUGGACCCCAGGGUGAUACCCAGUGCCAAAUCUGAAAUUCCCUCACGGGUUGGCCUCUGGGUUGGUUUGUGGCCCACGGCAAGCACAUCAAAGGUGGCACUCGGGUGACUUCGGCAGCUCAUCUUGUUUUCUUAAUCCAAGUCUCCAAGAAAGCUGAUCUAAAACAGGCGGGCAUCUCCUGAGAGGUGAAGAGGCCCAACAAGCAAGCCAAGAGGCUGCCGGUGGCCAUGGAAAAUCAGAGCCUGCUCAGUGGCAUCUCCAGUCUAGAAGAGGGAAUGGGCAUGGAGAUGUUUAGUCAGCACGGGCUGUUUGGCUCUGAAUGCUUCAAUGUAGGAAAUGAAGCAGUGAAUGCAUCUCCCGAAGGUGGGUUUCACUCCCGGCAAGACACUCGCUUAUGCACUGUGGCUGUGGAGGAAACUUUGCUGGAUCACUUCAAGUAUCCUCUCAACGUUGAAAGUCAAAAUGCAGUUCUGGAAGUCAAAAUGGAGCCUGUCGGUGAGGAGGACUACGAUAAUGAAACCCUUGGAAAACAGCAGAUGCUACAGGAGUUAAAUCCUUCUGAAGAAGUCAAACAUUUAUAUCCACCUCAUCCGCAGUUGCAACCAUACAAUGUCCAUUUUCUGUCUUCCUUGGCUAUGCAACAUAAAAAUACAAAUAUCGUGUCGCUGAGUGCCUGCUCUCCAGAAGGAACAAUGAAUCAAAAUAUCAGAUUGAUACCAAUAUUCAGACCACUACUACAUGCUGGUGAGAAUAACUGUAUUUGUUACGAUCAAUUUAAAGAAAUGCUCAAUAGUUCUGUACAGUCACAAGGCCUGCAAGGUUGUUUAGAUGAACCUUCCAAUGGACCUCAGACCUCAGAUGAGUUUGCUGAAUUAAGAGAGGCAGUAAUUAGUAUUACGCCAAAUAACCAAGAAGAAGUAGCUUUACAGAUUUCAGAUGCAGGAGAAACCAGCUGCAAGUUACUUGCUUCAGAAAAUGUAAUGGAGGAACUUGGCUGUUUACAAAGAGAAGAUUCCAGCCCAGUGGUGAUCUGCCAAGUGAAAGGAAGUACUCAGAUACUUUGUAUAAACAGUUCUGGCACAAGGGACCUAAAAACAGUUCAUCUGGCUCCCCACUAUCAAGACCAACAUAAUUAUCUUCAGUCAGAUACAAGUAACCCUAUGAUGACUCUACUGGGACAGUUUUUGUCAGUUCCAGGCAAACUGGAUCUCAGUGAACAACAGCUUGAUAAUGGAUCCUUACCAACUGUGGCCAGUAGUGCCGAAUUUCAUCCAGAACCAGAUCUUCAGGGCUCAACGAAAGUUACUUUAAUUGGAUUGCCUCUUAGUUCCUGGGAUAUAAAGUCUAGAAAGCCAUGUAACUGUACCAAAUCUCAGUGUCUGAAAUUAUAUUGUGAUUGCUUUGCCAAUGGUGAUUUUUGCAGCAACUGCAACUGCAAUAAUUGUUACAACAAUCCGCUUCAUGAAACUGAGCGAUUUAAAGCAAUUAAGGCCUGUCUUGAUAGGAACCCAGAAGCUUUCCUCCCAAAGAUUGGGAAAGGGAAAACAGGAGAUAUCAAGCCUCGUCAUAAUAAAGGAUGUAACUGCAAGCGGUCAGGGUGCCUUAAGAAUUAUUGUGAGUGUUUUGAGGCUAAAAUUAUGUGUUCCUCUAUUUGCAAAUGCAUUGGUUGCAAAAAUUAUGAAGAAAGCCCAGACAGAAAAACACUAAUGAACAUGCCAGACUACACUGAUAUUAGAAAUAAUGAAGAAGACAACUCUAUGUCAACAUCUGCAUUUGAAAUGUUAUCAGAAUCCAGGAAAGAUAGCCAGACUACUGCAUGUAUAUCCUGGGAUAUUAUUGAGGCAACAUGUGCCUGUCUCCUGGCACAAGCUGAAGAGGCAGAAAAAGAAGCUUAUUCAAUUUGUGUAGCUGAACAAAUGAUCUUGGAAGAGUUUGGGAGAUGCUUAUCACAGAUUCUACAUUCAGAAUUUAAAUCCCAAGGAGUGAAAGUUGAGUAACAGAGAAUAUAUUCUAAAACUAAUUUAUGAUGAUUUUACAUACCUCCAUACUUUAGCAAUGUUGCAACUUGAUAGCCUGAUUUUGAUCUCUCACUGACUUCUACUGACUUUCUGCUUAAUUUCACUGGUUUAGUGCUCUGGACCUGAUAAUCAAACUGAUUCCACUUAAAUCACCUAAAUUAACUUACUUAUGCUAAUGGAUUUUCUUCUAAAACAGCAUAGUUAUCUUGGGUAAAAUUCUGAAGUCUUUACCUAGACAAAACUCUCAUUGGAGUCCAAGAAAUUUAAAUGGCUUUGGUGAGGGUUGAUAUGAAUAAGGAUACAAUAAAAACUUAAGACUACAGUUUUAGCCGUUUCUGUUCUUAGGCCAAUUACUUUUCCAAAUUUUUUUACCUACUAUGUUUCUCUCUUCUCUCUCUCUCUCACUCACUCUCUCUCUCUCUCUCUCACACACACACACACACACACACACACACACACACACACACACACACACACACACACACACACACCCUCCCUAGUAUGGUUUAAUUUUAUCUUGUUCAAUUUGUUAAAAAAGAGACUGAGAGAGAGGCCGGAGUUGAUAAGUGGCUAGCUUGGUGAUCAAAGGCCUGAUCCAAAGCUGACAGAGGUUAAUGGCCUUUGGAUCAGCCUCCCACACAAAAAGCUCAGCUCUCUAGUACCUUAAAAGCACAUAGGGAAAAGAACCGCCCUGUAACCUAUAAUGGAAAGGAUGCUAGUCAAUUGAUAUACUGUUUUGAGGAUUCACAUUUCAGGUUCCGGAAAUAAAUCAAAUAUUUAAUUGAAGAUUUUAGAGAGGGUCCCCAUUUUUCCAGUUGCAAUUUUGAAUCACAAAUCUUUUGGUUGGAUGUGGACUAUCGCUUCUCGGCCUUUUGGCUAAGAUCAAGUGUGGUGUAUAUCUGAGAUCACACACUGUGGCUAGAUGGGGAGGAGGGCUAACAAAGAAUCAAGCCUUCUAAGUUUUCUGUAAUCCCUGUCACCUAUAGCUGCUGUUCCUCAGUAUUUAGGUCAGUAGAGAGUCUGUGAACAGACAGCCAUGCCCAUGCUAAUAAUUCCUGCUGCCAAACUAUCCUUCCCUUUUCUAAAUCUUGUCCUUUUGUCUCCAUAAACUAGCUUCGUGCCUUUCCCUGUGUUCAAGUCUGAAGGUUUCCCCAUUGGUACAACACAGUCUAAUAUAAUGCACCCUGGAGGACAUCUGAGACAUUGGAGAAUCAUUGUGCCCAUGUGAGAGAAGUAGCUUUGGGGAAGUAGUUUGAAGAAGUAGAAAUGAAUGCCAGUGAGAGAAGUUUUUUAAAUUAAGUGUUAAUGUUGAAGGAGGCUCUAAAAACUAAAUACACAGGUAUUGUGGUAAACAGAGCUAGAACUAAAUUAGAGGACAAGGCUCUUGAGGCAUCUUUACAUGUGCUCUGGAGGUGAAGUGAGGCACUUUAAUUAGAGUGGGUCUGAAAGCUGCUCUAAUUAAAGUGCUCACAGUGUCUCAUGUAUUCAGCAUCCUACACUUCAAAGUGGCAGCAGGGGUGCUUUAACUAAAGCUUGUUUGAUGAACAUUAGUUAAAGCACUCCUGCUGCCAUUUUGAAGCAUAGGGAUGCUGAAUACACAAGAUGCAGAGGCUGCUGGAGUGCACUAAUUAGCAUGCUCCUGCAGACUCGAUUAAUCAAGUCUGCUCUGACGCCUUGUAAUUACAGCGCAUCAGAGCAGCAUCCCAGCAAAUCUACAGGCAACCUUAGGGCUGAUGUGCACACAGUUUUUGCACCAUGAUAAUGCUUAGAAACCAACAUAGUUAAAAUUCUGUAACUCCCUUGGGUAAACAGCUAUGCUGAUGUAGUAAUUUAAUAUGAAUCUAGCCAAGAUACUAGCAUCUUUAGUAUAACUUUUUCCACCCUAUGGAGGGUUUGUUGCUUUGACUGUGUUAGUUUCUAAACUAAUAUUUACAGCAGUACAAAAAGGUGUGUAGACUGGGCUAAAGAAGUGAGAAGGGUAGCAUGAUAGGGAAGAAAGCAAUGAGAGGAAGGAAGCCCUUGUCAGAAAGGGAACUGAGAAUGGCUGGCUGACAACCACUUAAGUAAGGUGUAAGUGGCUUUGAAACAAUAUAGUUUAAGGGUGAGGAUAAUUAAAAAGAACCACAAAAAGUCUGAGAGGGUUCAGAUUUUUCCUGAACCUUUUGAAAGUUGAGAGGUUCACUCUUUUUAAUUGUAAAAAUGUACAAUGCCAUAACUUGUUAAAUCAUUCUUGUCAAUACAGAGUGAGCUUCCAUUCAUAUCAUUUUACAUUGGUCAUAAUGUAAGAAGGUGAAAAUAUAUCGUGAAGACAGUGGGUGAAAUCAUCAUUCUCUUGAAACUAAAUGGAGUCUUUCCAUGACUUAAUUGGGGUCAGGUUUUCUUUAAUAUAAGUUAAAAGUGGCAAGGUACUAAUGUGAUGUGAAAUUGGUAGGAAGUCACACACACUACAAAUGCAUAAUGAAUGUUCUAGAAGAGUUAUACAAUAAAUAGAUGUACACAAUUUAAAGGGAUUAAAAGUUCACUCUUCAUUUUUAUGUGAGUUUUAUCAUAUACAUUUUUUUUAAAUACUCCAUAUUUAUUUUAUUGUACCAAUCCAUAUUCAGCCUGAAUGUUACAAGUAACCAAUGGAGCCCUUAAUUACAUUUCUGCAUCCAUGCUUCAGUCCAUCUUUAUUCACAAAAUAAAUAUUUUAAUCGGUUUAUUUUCAAGUUAUAUGCGUUAUCUCGAAAUACUAAUGUUCUAAAACUCUUCUACUGUCCUCCGUAUGUCAGAGCAACAUUUUUCUUCCAUUAUUUUCUCUUUAUUUCUCAGAGUAUUGUUACACUGUGGCCUCAAUCCACCAAAACUCUUACGUAUGUGUUUAAAUUUAAGUACUAUCUCAUGUCCUUAAUGAAGCCAUUCAUGCGCAUGAAGGUUGACACAUGAAUAAGUGCUUUACUGGAUGGGAACCUGAGUAUCUUUUCCAAGUUUUUAGUUAUGCUUCAAAUGUCAUUAGUUUUAUUUAAUAUAAGUUUGUUGUAAACUAUAUAUACACACACACACACACACACAUAUAUAUAUAUAUAUAUAUAUAAAGCAAA